GCUGCAAAUGUGUGGGUGAGCGACUAGGGUUUUGGAUUGGAAUGACGGUGCUGGUUAGCGCUCGACUUGCUGUUUCCCCAUGAUCGUGUCAUGACCUGCAGCAAGUAUGUACACAGGUACCUACCUGGGUAGACGGAGUGCUCUGGGGACACUGGUCGCUAUCCAUCCAUAUUGGUCGGAAGGAAGGAUCGCGAAAGGCGGCAUCCGAUGAUACACAAACGACGGCUUCCAUGCUUCGUGAUCAAGUUGGCGUACGUACGUACGCCAAACGUAUCAUAUGUAACUCCGCCCAUAAGACGGACGUGGGGACGGACACGGCCGGACGGGACGCGGGAGCGAGAGAGCGAGGCAGCAAGGGAGCAAGGGAGCGAAGGAGCGAGCAACAUGUUAUCACAGGCGAAUAUGAAAAAUCGCAGACGUCUGUUUGAAGGCAAGCAAACCCUGAUUUGCCGCUGUCCUCUCCGAACGCGGACGGGAAGGAGCUUCCCCCGUCGCGUCCAGCCAUGCCUAGUGCGACGAGCCACGGCCCCAUCGGCUGUCUGUGUCGUGUGUCGUGUCUUGUCGUGUUGUUGUGUUGUGUCGUGUUUGACGAACAAAAAGUUGCAUAUCUGUCGGAUUUUAGAUCCCUCACCUGCCUACCGUGCCCACCCCCCCCUUGAAUGGUGGAGACAAAACAGUCGAAUGUUGCGCAGGACGGGGCUGGAACGUGGCGAUCGUCUUAUUAUUCCUCCGCCUCCGCCUCCUCCUCCUCCAUGCGGUCCGCGGAAGUCAGUCACCACCUACCAGGUAGGUAGUGGCCCGGAACAGAAAGCGUAUUCCGCAAGGGCAUGCAAAGACGACGCCCGACGAUAUAGAGUAUUAUCGCGAUUGCUCGCCCAUGCACCAAUGCAGAACGCGGCGUCGCACUUCCCGGCUGCAAAGUGGAUGUGUCCGGAAAACCGUGCGAGCGCGUAGAUAACUACUGUGGCCACUGUGGUGCACCGAGCACUGAGCACAGCACCGAGAAGAGAGUGCACAUGAACCAUAUUCACAAGCAGUUAAAGCACUCUGGGCUCACCUUUUGGUGAUGAGUUGGCUGUUAUUACC